AUGAAUUUUGACAUAACUACAUUGUCAUUAUUUAAUGUUUCAACUGCUCGUACAAUCAGUUCUCACGUAACAUUAACAUUCUCUUCGCUACAUGUUUCUGUUUAUUUAUUCACUUUCUUUCCAUUAUCUAUCUAUCUAUCUAUCUAUGUUCAUUUGUUCCGCAUGUCUAUUCAUCUAGCUAGCUAUGUAACUGUUCAUGUCUGUAUAUCUAUCUAUCUAUCUAUCUAUCUAUCUUCAUUUGUUCUGUAUCUAUUCAUGUCUGUAUAUCUAUCUAUCUAUCUAUCUAUCUAUCUAUCUAUCUAUCUAUCUAUCUAUGUAACUGUUCAUGUCUAUCUAUCUAUCUAUCUAUCUAUCUAUCUAUCUAUCUAUCUAUCUAUCUAUCUAUUAUAUCUAUCUAUCUAUCUAUCUAUCUAUCUAUCUAUCUAUCUAUCUAUCUUCAUUUGUUCUGUAUCUAUCUAUCUAUGCUCAUCUAUUCUAAAACAUCAUAUCUAUCUAUCUAUCUAUCUAUCUAUCUAUCUAUCUAUCUAUCUAUUGUAA